AUGAAAUGCUUGCAGGUCAGUGACUGGCGGCACAUCAAAUUGGCCAAAAUGAGCGCGGGGCGCCCCGCUUACGAAAGUGCGCACGGCUGCACAGCAGGGACACGGCCACGGCCCACGUUCCGACAUUUUGGUCAUCUUGCAAAUACCCUCUCUGCAAAACCAGCGCGUGACGAUGUCCCUGGUGAACCCAAGAGCCGAGAUCCCCCACCUCCCGAGGAGUCCGGCUGGUUCUCAGGGGCGGGCAUGCCCCGAGGAAGGGCCGAGAGGCUGUGCCCGCCUCGUGGGGGAAAUGGCGGCCUGGCCUCCGCGGGGGCCCAGGAGGUGCCCUGCGAGCGGACAGGCCAGGCCUCCGCCGCCGCCCCGCCCGCAGCCUCUGGGCCGGGCUGGCCCAGCACCGGCUCACCCUCGGACCUCACGGCCAACAGCGGCCAGCACCCAAGGGCCACAGAGCCAAGGGGCGGGCAGACAGACCUAUCUGAGACCUGGCUGGUGAGCGAGGUAGAGGGCCUGGGCUUGGCUGCUAUCCCCCAGCUGCGCCCGGACAGGAACCCUCCCAUUCUGGCCCGCAGCCCCACCCACGUCCUCCACCGUCGGGGACCACCUAACCGGACCCACAUCAGUGGCAAGAGAGGCAAGUGGUCCAGGACUGCCGGGCUCCGGGGGAACCACACCCGGAUGCCAGGUUGGGCCCAUGAGAGACCAAUGGGGAGCAAACAAGAGGAGCAGCUUCUGCACGUGCUAAGCCAGCUGGAACAAGACGCAGACCUCUCAGACGACACUGACGGCGUCAGGCCUCGGGCGGCUCUCCUGGAAAAGCACCUGCUGGAGGGGGAGAAGCAGCCGCACAGCAGCGGGCAGGGGCCCUACUUCUAUAUCGGAGGGAACAAUGGGGCCUCCAUAAUCAGCUCCUACUGCAAGGGCAAGGGCUGGCAGCGUAUCCAGGACAGCCGGCGUGAGGACUACAAGCUGAAGUGGUGUGAGGUCAAGUGCAGAGACAACUACUACAGCUUCCGAGAAGGUGAGCAGCUACUGUACCAGAUUCCCAACAACAAGCUCCUCACCACCAAGAUCGGGCUGCUCAGCGCCCUGCGGGAGCACGCGAGGGCUGUGAAGACGGCCCACAAGACCCCGCUGUGUGCCCAGGCCAAGGUCCUGAAAAUGGAAGAAUUUUUCCCAGAGACAUACCGUCUGGACAUCAGGGACGAGAGAGAGGCUUUCUUCACUCUCUUUGACGGAAAGCACAUCUGGAUCUGCAAGCCCAGUGCCUGCAACCAGGGUAAAGGCAUCUUCCUGCUCCGGAGCCAGGAGGAAGUCGCUGCCCUGCAAGUCAAGACCCAGAGCAUUGAGGACGACCCCAUCUACCGCAAGAUGCCGUUCAGGGCACCUCAGGCGCGGGUCGUGCAGAGGUACAUCCAGAACCCACUGCUGCUCGAUGGGAAGAAGUUCGACGUGCGCUCCUACCUGCUCAUCGCCUGUGCCAUGCCCUACAUGGUCUUCUUCUGCCACGGCUACGCCCGCCUCACCCUCAGCCUGUAUGACCCUCAUUCCAGCGACCUCAGCGGCCACCUGACCAACCAGUUCAUGCAGAAGAAGAGCCCCCUGUAUGUGCUGCUCAAGGAGGACACGGUGUGGAGCAUGGACCAGCUUAACCGCCACAUCAACGACAGAUUCAGGAAGACCAAGGGGCUCCCCAGAGACUGGGUCUUCACCACCUUCACGAAGCGGAUGCAGCAGAUCAUGGCGCACUGCUUCCAGGCUGUCAAGUCCAAGCUGCACCGCAAACUGGGCUACUUUGACCUCAUCGGCUGUGACUUCUUGAUCGAUGAGAACUUCAAGGUGUGGCUGCUGGAGAUGAACUCCAACCCCGCCCUGCACACCAACUGUGAAGUCCUGAAGGAGGUGAUACCAGGCGUGGUCAUGGAGACGCUGGACCUGGCAAUCGAGACCUUUCAGAAGAGCUUGCGCAACCAGAAGAUGCUGCCUCUGCUCUCCCAGCGCCGCUUCGCGCUCCUGCACAACGGCGAGGCGGACCUGUGGCCGCGCCUGGGGGGCCCCCGCAGCGCCCUCCGCCCGCCGCCCCCACGGCCAGCGGGCGAGGCCGACUGCUCGGCGCCACCUCAGCCCCGCGCCGUCGACAGGCCGGGCGCGCGCAGGCCCGCGCUGCCCCGGAGCCCCGGAGGCGCGCACAGGCGGCCGCCCUCGGCGCAGAGGCGGCCCCGACAGCCCGGCCCUGGCCCCGACGGCGCCCAGAGCGGGGAGCCCGGGGCCGAACGGCCGCGCGCGGGCGUUGGGGACCCGGCGCGAGAGCCCUCCCCGGGGCUGGCGACGGAGCGCAAGAACGCGGGCCUCCGCGGCUCCUAG